AUGCCUGGGAGUACUGUAGUGUCGGAGUUGGUAGAGAAAGUGACAGCGCUGGGGAAGUCUGCCAGUCCAGUCGGUUUGGACAAGGACAAGACUAGGAGUUGUGAUGGUAAGUGGUUUUGCAAGAACUUUCUUUACAAUACAGAAAAUUGCAAGAACUUUCUUUACAAACCAUUUUCAACUACAGUAACCUUUCUUUCAGAGCCCCAGCCAAAGUUCCGGCCAGGCUCUCCGGAGCCUCAACGAAAGUCAUCAAGUGACCGGAAGCCGGUCAUGGUGAACAACAUGAACAGUAACACGCCCAUGAAGGGCGUGGUAAUGAUGGGAGGAACGUCGAUGCUGGGCUCCAACAUCUUAAUUACUGGUGCUGAAAGUGGCAUCGGAUACGGAAUGGUUGAGUACUUGAGCAAACAGUUCGACGUCAAACACAUCUUCGCUUGCUGUUACAAUGAAAAGGCUAGCAAGGUAAGCUAGCCCUUUCCUUCGCCGAACUUGACACUAAACCUAAGCCUAAGCCUAAGCCCAAGCCUAAGCCUAAGCCUAAGCCUAAGCCUAAGCCUAAGCCUAAGCCUAAGCCUAAGCCUAAGCCUAAGCCUAAGCCUAAGCCUAAGCCUAAGCCUAAGCCUAAGCCUAAGCUUAAGCUUAAGCCUAAGCCUAAGCCUAAGCUUAAGCCUAAGCCUAAGCCUAAGCCUAAGCCUAAGCCUAAUCCUAAUCCUAAGCCUAAGCCUAAACCCUAGACCAGGCUCAAAUUAUAGUUAUUGUUUUAAGCUUUAGCGCUAGUUUAAGCCCUAACUUAAGCCCUCGCCUAACCUCAAAUCAUAUCUCCUGCUCUAAAAUUUCUCUACGACCAAAGUACUAAACAAUACCAUACCGAAACAAGCAUCAUCAAAAUAAGUCUGUUUCAGGACUUAGUAUCCUUUGCCAAAGACAACCCAAAAGUUACAGUAAUCGAGCUGGACGUGCUGAGAGACUCGAGUAUUCAACAUGCCGUGGAAAAGGUAGUCCAGGCUACUCAAGACGGCUGUUUGAACUUGCUAAUCAACAACGCCAUCAUUUUCGAGAAGAGCGAGGGCGGUACCUUCACCACGCCCCGCCGAGAUACCAUCCUCAAGCACUUCGAGGUCAAUGCUGUUGGUACCCUCUGUGUCACUUCGGUAUGUCAUAUACUUACAGCAAUAAAGCCAAAAAGCUUGGUUCAUCGUAUUUUACACUUUCAGGCCUUCUCCAAGCUCAUUCACAAGGCGGCCAAAGGUGGCGAGCCAGCUCGGGUGGUUAAUGUCAGCUCGCCGCUGGCUUCGAUCUCCAAUAACUUUGGAACCAUGCCUUGGACUGACAAAAAUGUGGCGUUUGGCAUGAGCUUGGUAUGUGAUUUAAAUAAAAAUUUUAUUUUCAGCCGUAUUCUAGGGCUAAUUAAGAAAGAAGUGACAUGUUAUACGAUGAAACAUGCACUCACAGUUAAAAACAUUUUUCAUCGUAUAACAUGUCACCUUUAAACAAAAACUUUUAAAAACAAAGAAAAUAGACUAGAAAUGACGUUUGAAACCUAAUUUUUUGAUUUUUGGUUUUUAAAAUUGACAUGUUAUACGAUGAAACAUGUACUUACUAUCAUACUAAAAACACGUUUCAUCGUAUAACAUGUCUCAAAUAAACAAAUUUUUUUAUACUACAAAAAGUAGAAUGAAAAUAACGUUUAAACUUAAUUUUUUAAUUUUUAGUUUUUAAAAUUGACAUGUUAUACGACCAAACACGUUAACAUGUUUCAUCGUAUAAAAUGUCGCUAAAAAUUUUUAAAAUUUUAAAAACUUAAAAUAAAAAUGCCAUUUAUAAACAACUUUUCAAAAAUUCAAAAUUUUAGGCCGCACUAAACCACCUGAGUCGGUCGAUAGCCGGCGACGAAAGGGAGAGCAAUAUUGUCUACCUUAACAUAGCCCCCGGCUGGAUCAAGGCCUCGGUUUGUGGGCCGGAAAGCCAAAGUCCAAUGGAAGAAGCGGCGGUCGGAGUACUGAAGACCAUCGCUUUGACUUCGCGCGCCGAUACCGGUCGAUAUAUGGACAGAAAUGGGACUCCUAUCAACUAUUGA